AUGUCAUUACCAAUCAUUGCAAUCGCUAUUGCAUUGUUGGCCAUAAUUGGUUCAACAGUCUUAUUUCUAUCAUCCAAAGAACGCAAGGUAUUAAAUAAAGAAAAAUUCCAAAAAUUCCCAUUGAUUCAAAAAACAAUCUUGUCACAUAAUUCUGGUAUUUAUAGAUUUGGUUUACCAAAACCAUCUGAUAUUCUUGGGUUACCAAUUGGUCAACAUAUUUCAAUAAGUGCAAACAUUAAUGGUAAAGAUAUCGUGAGAUCAUACACUCCAACUUCAAAUGAUGCCGAAAGAGGUUAUUUCGAUCUUUUAAUCAAAUCUUAUCCAACUGGUAACAUUUCAAAAUAUAUUGCUGAAUUAGAGAUUGGUGAUAGUAUUGAUGUUAGAGGUCCAAAAGGUUUUUUCGAAUAUACUCCAAAUAUGUGUACCCAUUUUGGUAUGGUUGCAGGUGGUACGGGUAUUACACCAAUGUAUCAAAUCAUUAAUGCUAUUAUUUCAAAUCCAGAAGAUAAAACCCAAGUUCAGUUGAUCUAUGGUAAUCAAACUGAAGCUGAUAUUCUAUUGAAAAAAGAAUUAGAUCAUAUUGUUCAAAAUCAUCCACAAAUCAAAGUUCAUUAUUUAUUAGAUAGACCAGGUCCAAAUUGGGAUGGUGGUGUUGGUUAUGUCACCCCAGAACUAUUAAACCAAUUCAUUCCUGCAGCUACUGAUAAAACUCAAUUAUUAUUAUGUGGUCCUCCACCAAUGGUUAACUCUGUUAAAAAAGCCGCUGUUAAUCUUGGUUUCCAAAAGGCUAAACCUGUUUCAAAAGCUGGUGAUCAAAUAUUCGUGUUUUAA